AGGCUUUUUGCCCUCUGCUCCUGGGUCCCUCAGGCAGCCACUCUCGUGGGCACACGCCCGGGAACUGCUUCUGCCCCGCACUCCCUCCCUCUGCCUUUCACUUCCCAGCUGCCAAGAUCUUGGAAGCUUUGAAGCGCAGCAAAGAAGGGAAAUCCAUUGAGAACAGUCUGUAAAGUUCUAGAGGCUGGGAACUCCAAGAUCAAGACGCUGGCAGAUUCAUUGUCUGGUUAAAGGAACUGGCAGUGCUGGAAAUGGCAGUGCUCUGUGGCACCAAAGCCAGUGCCCUGCAGGGACCUACUCCAUAGUGACUUGGGAUUAGAUGAAGACACCAGGACACCAGGACCUCUGGCUAGAAGGUAUCCCAGGACUGCCUGCUUGCCAAGACCCUCUGUAAAACUCCAUGCACCCUGCUGUUGAGCGCUCUGAGGAGGUAACAGUAUUCAGAAAGUCUAGAGAAACUGGAUUGGUGGACACUGAGCCCUCCUCAGGUGACCACAGUUUAAUAAGGAUUGUCCAAACAAAUGUAAGGAGUGAACCAUUCUGUGAAAGAACCAGAGGCUACCGCUGAGAAGCCCGGAGCCCUGUGUGUGAAUUCAAACCGUGAGGAAAUGUCAUUCAGAUUCGGCCAACAUCUCAUCAAGCCCUCUGUGGUGUUUCUCAAAACAGAACUGUCCUUCGCCCUGGUGAACAGGAAACCUGUGGUACCUGGACAUGUCCUCGUGUGUCCCCUCCGGCCAGUGGAGCGCUUCCGAGACCUGCAUCGCAAUGAAGUGGCCGACCUGUUCCUGGCAGCACAGAGAGUCGGGACGGCAGUGGAAAAGCAUUUCCAGGGCACCUCUCUCACCUUUUCCGUGCAGGAUGGCCCCGAAGCCGGACAAACUGUGAAGCAUGUUCACAUCCACGUUCUCCCAAGGAAGGCUGGAGACUUUCGCAGGAAUGACAGCAUCUACGAUGAGCUCCAGAAACAUGACAAAGAGAAGGAGGACUCCCCAGCCUUGUGGAGAUCGGAGGAGGAGAUGGCAGCCGAAGCCGCGGCGCUGCGGGGCUACUUGCAGUGACGCAGGCACCAAAGGAACUCAAACAAGUCCCAAGGCAUAAGGAAAUGGGGCUCGUGCUUUAGGACCCUGCGGCACUGAAACUGAAGCUAAGCAGACUUUAUUACAUCCUACAAUUCGACAGCCUUUUGCAAAGCAUCUUAUUAUGCUUGUGGAAGCAAUUGGGGUUAUGUUUCAAUCACAAUGACUGACAGGCUGCCUUCAAAACAACGGCACCGGUGGCCCUUCCACACUUCGUUGGCUAUGUACUUAGAAUAGAACCUUUUCUAAGUUGUCCCUUGGCCUGGAUGGAAAUAAAAUGAUAGUUAAAAUA